AUGGACAGCCAGCAUUUCCAGCCUGGCGACCACAUCUUGCGAAGACGCUUCGGUUAUGACCAUCAUGCAAUAUUUGAUCGGUGGGCCACUGGUCCAGAAGCCUAUGUGAUUCACCAUCCAGUUGGCAAGCGAGCGAACCCGCUGCGAGGUCAGAUACGUCACGAAGUGCGCGACGUAUCUGAGUACUGCCUAGUCCAGCGAUCAACUUGUCCAGCUACCGUGUUGGAACGGGCACGUUCGCGUGUCGGGGAAGCUGGCUACAAUGUGGUUUGGAAGAACUGCGAGCACUUCGCAGAAUGGUGUAUUUCUGGGAACCACAGGUCGUUGCAAGUCCGUGGCGCGCUUCUGGGGGCCCCGCAAGGGGCAUGUGUAGGUGCCAUGAUGGGGGCGGCUUUGGUUCCAGCUGCGACUGUAUUCGGAAGCCAGACAUUGGGAAAGGUGGCUGUGUCCCUGGGCCUGAUUGCAGCUCCUGUAAAGUGGCCGGCGAUGGCGUGUGCCUUGGAGACCAUGAGACCCUGA